AUGUCGACCAACAAACUAAGGAAACCACCAUCAUUAUCGAAUGGCUCGACUACUACAUCUCUCACGUUCAGCUUGGCUUCCAGAGGAAUGACGACAUCACAGCGCUUCUAUGCACCUAGUGUGAACUCGAGCCCUGCUGCUGCAAGCACAACGACACCCAUCCAACCCAUGACAGCAGUGGAACAGUACUGGGCCACGCGUGCAUUGAAGGCUGAGGCACUCCUGGCUGCUCAGGAGACACACCAGAAGGAAGUCAGGGUUCUCGGGCAUACACACGACGCAAAGAGGGAGCGCGAACUGAGCCUUCUUGCAAAGGAAUACAAGGAGAAGCACGCUUCUCUGGAAAGACUUCUCUUCUUCCUCCUUGUGCUGAUCGCCCUUCUCGUCGUUCUCGUGAUAUACCUGGCGACCCAUUAUACGCGCCAUUCGAUGAUCCUAGCCCACAAGUCGCAGACCAGCUGGUGGUCGGCUAUCGGUGCUUCCCAUUUCACGAUACCUAUACUCUCCCCGUUCACCUCGGUGGUUGAACAAGAAAGCUCUGUGAUAGGAGCCAAAUCUAUCGGAACUUUCGCUGCCAUCGCUGCCUGUCUGGUGUACAUGGUCUUCCGGCACUGGAUAUCGGUCAAGCCAUCCGCCAGCAGCACCCCUAGUACAAUGAACGUCUCCACGCCAACACCCUUCGCUAUGACACGUGCCAUUGAUCGGUGA